AUGGAGCCACCAUCUAAGAGAAAGAAAAAGAAGCAACUAUCUCUUUUGCAAUGUCUUGGGACAUCUUCCGGUGAUUUAAGCGAUCUGCCUGAAACUGUACAUUCUGCGUCCCCGUUUGAGACUGUAGUGAAUUCUGCAGAAGAUACUGCUCAUGACAAAGAAGUGUCAGUGAAUGAUCCGAUCUACUACGUAGGCAGAGUCGUUUCCGACGUUGACAAGAUAUGCCUGCUGCAAAAUAAAUGGUGUCCACCCACCGGUUGUAAAUUUCAGAGCACGGGCGGCCGUCGUUACAAUCCAGAGUGGGAGAGUCAAUACAGAUGGCUGAGAUAUUCUCCUAGUACUGACGCCUGCUUUUGUUGCUACUGUGUGCUGUUUGGUGAUGAGUCACUGUCUGCUACUGCUUUCAAGACAACUGGCUUUUGUGACUGGAAGAACGCAGUUGGAGUAAAGCGUGGUGUACUGCUUUGUCAUGAGAAAAGUGAAAUUCACAAGAAUGCUUGCAUAAAAGCAUUAUCUUUCAAGAAUGUGGUCGAAGGAAAGAAAAAUGAUAUUUGUACCAGCAGAUCUAAAGAAUAUGAAGAGAGAGUCAAACGUAAUCGAGCAAUUAUUCUAGCUGUAAUAGAUGUCGUUAUUGCUCUCGGUCAGCGAAAUGUUCCCUUUCGGGGUCACAGUUGGGGCAAAGUUCUGAGAAAAGAAUCCAGUAACUUUGAAUACUUCCUCCAUUGGCAGUCUCAGUUCAAUCCUACUCUGAAAAGUCAUCUAGAGCACGGAAAGAAGAACGCCUGUUACAAGAGCCCGAAAAUACAAAAUGAGCUGAUAGAGUUAGCCGGUGUUGAGGUGAGAGACAAAAUACUGGAAGAUGCUCAUGCCGCUAAAUGGUUUUCGUUGAUGGCGGAUGAGUGCACAGAUACAGCUAACGUAGAGCAGAUGUCAGUCUGUAUCAGGUUUGUUGACGACUCUGUACCCGGUCAGGUUCAAGUGAGAGAAGAGUUCUUAGGAUUCGUCAAAUUGGAUUGUGCAGAUGCUCUGUCUAUUUUCAAUGCUAUUGUCAAUUUUAUGAAAGAGUGCAAUUUGGAUAUUCGUUAUCUUCGUGGCCAGGGCUACGACGGUGCUGCAGUUAUGUCAGGAAAAGUUUCCGGUGUCUCUGCUCGAAUUCUUCAGUUACAACCAAAGGCUAUAUACCAGCAUUGUCGGUCACAUAGACUGAAUUUGGUUAUUGCAUCUUCUUGUAGGCAAGUCCCUUUAAUUCAGGACUUGUUUAACUCGUUAGGAACACUGACGUGGUUUCUAGGAGGCAGUCCAAAAAGAAAAGUUAUCCUUUGUAGGCAUUUGAUAGCAGGAGACAUAGCUGAAUUGAUUACAGCAGAAGACAAGGAAGAAGAAGAACCAGAAGAAGAACUAGAAGAAAACUUAGAACAGGAGGAAACUUCGAAACUAAGUGAUACGCUUAUUUGUAAAUCGUCAUCAAGGCAAGUCCCAGCACUGUGUGAGACAAGGUGGUCGGCUCGAUUGGCAACACUGUCCAGUGUCUUGGCCAAAUACAAAGCCAUAUACCUUGCACUGCAAGAUAUUGUUGCAGAGAGCUCUGGCACUGAUUCGAGGGCGAAAGCUUCAUCUUACCUCAGACUUUUACAGUCCUCUAGUUUUAUUGUUUGCUUGGUCGUUAGUCAGUACAUUCUGAGCUUUUGUGAUCCUCUGACGAAGUCUUUGCAAUCUCCAAACUGUGACGUUCUGAAGGCUUAUCAAACAGCCAAGCUGCUUCGCACAACGAUUUCUGCGCAACGACGUGAAGACAAGUUUAAAGAAUUAUGGGAAAGAGUUCAAACAGUUGCAGGCGAGGUGGAUGCCCAAAUUGAUAAACCUAGAACCGCAAUAAGAAGCACCUACAGAAGCAAUGCUGGCAUGCAGACUGCGGAACAGGACAGCGCUGUGGCAUACUUCAGAAGAAACGUGUACUACCCUUUCAUUGAUCACGCUGUGACAGAGCUCAACAAUCGCUUCCCUGAUACAUCUGAAUCAAUGCUCAUUGGGUAUAGACUUCUUCCUAGCAGUGUUAGCAGUAUAACAAGAUCUGAGGUGAAUUCAAUUAAGCUCUUCUAUGGUCCAGACUUACCAAAUGGAGCUACAUUCGAGCCUGAAGUAGAAGUUUGGAAAACCAAAUGUUUUCAACUUCCUGAGAAAGACAGGAGAGUAACAUUAACGGAUGCCGCAAAGAUGGCAGACAGUCAAUAUUUCCCCAAUAUUCAUGAGAUUUUCAAACUUAUUCUAACAUCUCCUGUUGGUUCCGUGCCGUGCGAAAGAUCGUUUUCGGCUCUCCGGAGAUUGAAGGAGUGGUCGAGAUCAACAAUGACGCAAGAAAGACUGUGUGGCUUAGCUCUUUUAUAUAUUCAUAGAGACGUGGCUGUAAGCAGAGAGAAUGUCUUACAAAGAUUUGAUUGUACAGGACACCGCCGAUUGGGGCAAUUGUCGUUAUAGAGGCUCCAUGUUCACUUUGAUUAAUUAAUUAAAGUAUAUAUGUAGUAGACUACUAGUAGUUUGAGGCUAAAUAUAUUGCCUUAUUGAUAUAAAACUUGCCUCGGUAAAAUUUUAAUGCUAGUUACGCCCCUGCUCGGUAAUUUACUUUUAACAGUUAUAUUUAUUCAUCAACUAUAGUGGUACUCUAGCUAGUAAGGUUACUCUUUGAUCUAUCUACGCUUGUGCUUGUUUCUAGACACUUUGUUCACAGCUCACCAAAGCUCGUACUCAUGGAAAGCGGACUCUCCCGGAUAGAAGAAUCGAACCAGCGCUAACACAACGGAGAAAGUAACA